AUGGAGGAUAUCGACGACCUAUCUAAGGUCAUCAAUUGUCAAAUUCUUGGAAAUAUUUACGGAAAAGAGAGUAUUGAGAGCAUCGGGCCCUUGUUUCCGCCUAACAGACAAAAAACUGUCGAUGCUUAUAACGAAGAAGGGCACUCUUCAGAAUCGCAAGAGGAGGUGUUCCAACGUGGGGGUGGUUUUUUGAAUGAUUCCUUAAUAUCGUGUAAGGCUGCGCAUUUUGCCGAAGAGCUACAACUUAGUAACUUUAAAAAUUCUAAUGGAUUUCUGGCAAAAUUCAAAAAGAGACACGGUUUUAGAAUGCUAAAAUUACAUGGAGAGAUGCGAACAGAUAAAGUAGUUGACAUUAAUUCUUUUCGUGAAGAAUUUAAAGAAAUUUCUAAAUCGUAUAAGCCUGAUCUAAUUUAUAAUUUGGAUGAAACUGCAUUAUACUACAAGCUUAUUCCAUCGAAAAGCGUAUGCAGAAACCGAUUCCAAGGAUACAAAAAUUUUAAAGACCGUGUGUCUAUUAUGCUUUGUUCAAACAUGACCGGAAGUCAUAAAUUGAAACCUGUGAUGAUUGGAAAACCAAAAAUGCCUAGAUGUUUUAAAAAUUUUGACUAUGGAUGUCUUGUCUCAUAUUAUAGCUCACAGAAAGCUUGGAUGACUGGAUCUAUUUUUAUUGAUUGGAUUAUUAGCUUUGAUCUCCAGCUUAAAAUUAAAAAGAAGAAAAUUUUAUUGCUAAUAGACCACUGUCCUGCACAUUCUAUUCCUCAAAACUUGGAUUGUAUUAAGAUUUUAUUUUUUCCUAAAAAUUCUACUGGAUUACUACAACCAAUGGAUAUUGGAAUUAUAAAAACCUUCAAGACUCAUUUCAUGAGAAGAAAGCUACAGUACUUAACUGAUUUGCUGGAGACUGAAAAUAUUUCUAUUUUAAAUGAAUCUAAUCACGAAAAUACAUUAAUUGAACAUUAUGAGACUGAAAUUGAAAGAACUGACAUUUUCGAUCCUCUAAUGAGCGAAGAUUUUCUAAAUAUCGAAAACACAGAAGAUCAAGAUAUAAACGAAAAUUGUUUACAAGAGGAUCAAGAGUCUGAAAUUAGCGACGAAGAGACAAAAAUCAUAUAUCCACUCGAUAGAAAAGAUAUUGCAAAGACAUUAACUAGAAUAGAAAGGCAACUUUACUGUAAUGCAGAAAAUGAGAAUGAUGUUUCGCUGAUUACUGCAAUAAGAAAAUACAAAGAAAAUUAUACAGACUAG